CUGGCCCACAGCCCCACUUCAGACUCCAACACGCAUCUGAGAGCAAAGACACGGCUGGUCGCAGGGACUACAAGAGGCACCGUGUGCCCUCGUCAUGCCCACCCUUCCCCACUUGGCCCACUCACCUCCCUCCUGGCUACUGGUGCUGCUCCUUGUCUUCUCAGGCGUCUCUGAGCGGAGCAAAGGGAAUGAGUGGCAGGUGCUGCAACCUGAGGGUCCCAUGCUGGUGGCAGAAGGUGAGACACUCCUACUGAGGUGUACAGUGAUUGGCUCCUGCAUUGAUGCCAUGAUAAAAUGGGUCAAGGUGAGCAAUCGGGACAAGCAAGAAAUUUAUAAUUUCAAACAUGGCUUCUUCCCUGGGGUGACACCCAUGAUCCAGCAGACGCUGGAGCCACUUAGUUGCGACUAUUCCAUCUAUAUUCAUAAUGUCACCAAGGAGCAGGAAGGAGCCUACCACUGUGUGAGGUUUGAUGGCUUGAGUGAGCACUCAGAAAUGCAGCUGGAUGAAGGCACCUCAGUGCUUGUGAAGGGAGCUGGGAACCUAGAGCCAAACCUCUGGAUCAUUCAGCCCCAAGAGCUGGUGUUGGCAACCCCUGGAGACACUGUCUUCCUGAACUGCACAGUGCUUGGAGAUGGUCCUUCCGGACCCAUCAGGUGGUUCCGGGGGUCUGGUCUGAGCCGUGAAGCCAUUUACAACUUCGAAGGCAUCUCCCAACCCAAUGUGACUGCGGUCCAGGCCUCCAGCAGCGAUUUCAGCAUCCUUUUGCAAGGUGUCUCUACUGAGUAUGCAGGCACCUACUACUGUGUAAAGUUUCAGAGGAAGCUUAACCGGCAAUACCUGUCUGGACAGGGCACCAGGCUGAGGGUGAAAGCAGAGCCCACUUCUUCUCAAGAGGCAGAAGUCAUCAAUCAACAUGUAGCCAGGAGAUUUCUGCCAGGCCUCCUGUCGGUGCUCACAGCUGUGGUCCUGGGACUGAAGGCAGUGACCUUGGCUGCACUCCUGCUGGCCCUGGCUGCCUGCUGGAGACACACUGGGCAAGAAAAUGUCAAAACCCCAGACCCAGCAAAGCUAUGUUUAUCUUAGCCUGGGGCAUGGGGCAUGGGGCAUGGUGCAUGGAUGAGGGGUCAGCUCCAGAUAGUGCUCUGAGUCGGAGAGGGGCCAGGACUCCCCAACCAUUUCUCUGCCUCCAAUCCCAGCCUCCAGAUGUUCCCCAGGACUCAUGAGAAACUCCAGUAUCCCUACACCUGGUUUCAGUUCACCUGGUGAAAUACCCCACAUGGCACUGGGCUCCCCUCGGGUGUGCUUUCCUCUCUCUUCAUUGUGGGCCGCAUGUGGCCCACGGGCCGCGAGUUUGACAUGCUUGUUAUAACCAGUAGUUUCCAACUCGAUACUUCAAUGACAGACACAGCCUCUUCCUUGCUCUGAGCGACACCUAGUUCAAUCCCCAAGGAAACAGCACCUGCAGUAGGACAGCAUACUGGAGGGCAGUCAUUCUCAAGAAGAGGAGAUUUUGCCCUGGCCAGUUUGGUUCAGUGGAUAGAGCGUCGGCCUACAGACUGAAGGGUCCCAGGUUCUAUUCUGAUCAAGGGCACAUGCCCAGGUUGCUGGCUCCAUCCUGAGUGGGGGGCAUGCAGGAGGCCCACAUUCCAAAAUUGACUCCUAGGUCGAAGGUUGACUCCCAGGUCCCAGGGCAUACAACUUCCAGCCAAGUUUGAAUGCCCUUUCUUUAACCAGAACAAGGCAGUCAUGGUUAAUAGAGCAUAAUUAAUAUUUCCCAUAACCAUAGCUAGUCCUCAAUAUUCUAUUUUUGCCCCUAACAAAGGUUUCACUCAUUUACUUCUUCAUUAAUUCAGCAAAGAGUCAUUAGGGCAAUUUAAUAUCAGCGAUUGCAGGUCAGGGGAGAUAAAAUGACAGCUAAUGUUUGCUGAGGGCUUAAUAAGUACCAAACACUGCUCUUAGCACUUCCCACUGAAUCCUUGAGCAUCCCUCUGAGGGAGGUACUGUUGGGAGCUCCACUUUACACAUCAGGAAACUGAAGCUUAGAGAGAGAUCUGCCCAAGAUCAUAUAAGCAGUAAUAACUGGAUUUCAACCCCAGGCUAUGUGAAUCCAGGGCAGGUGUUGUUAACCCAUAUUAUGCUGGAGACAGCCACAGCCCCUGCUGCCACCGGGAUUGUGGCCCUUGGGGAAGGCAGACACUUAAUGGGAAUGCACAUGUAACUGAAAACACAGGUUUGGCUGCCUGCUCCCUACAAAAGUCAAAAUCAUGAGACAAGUGUUAGUGCAAAAGGGAAGAGGUGUAUUCAGGUGCCCUGUGACCUGGGAGAAUGGUGUUCUCCUGUCUCAGAGCCCAUUUCCCCUUUCUGUUCAAGCCCAUGGAGGUUUUGUGGUUCUUUUUUCUCUAUCCAUUCAUCUUUUUGGCUUUGCGCCUCUUAGUGUAAGAAUCUCCCCCUGCGCCAUCUUGGCCAAUGGAGAGACUCCCUGGCCUCCAACUGCCUGUCUACGUGGUAACAGAAAGGCCUCCUUGACGCCUAAAGGAUACCUAAACUGAGACCAGAAGGAGAAGCGGGAUCUGGUGUUAUAACAAUGUUAUGGUCAUAAGGAAACCCCUCUAAUGUGUGAAAUGAUUAUUGUGUGAAAUGUUUGCUGUGUGGAGACCCCAAUACUCUGUAACUUCCAAACUGGUGAACACCCCACUAUCUUGAUGUGAACGCCCUAAGCCCUUAAAGUGUAAACGCCCUGCUCCUAGCAUAAGGCACACCGUCUGGCCCACACCAAUAAGACACAAGUUGUUUACUACCGGCUAUAUAAGCACCGGACCUUCUUCAGUCGACGUCUCCUGUCUGAUAAGAGGAGGACUCCACGUCGCUCCGUAAGAUGAGCCUCUGACUGACUGCUCUGCUGUGCCAGCCUGAACCAACUGCGGCUGCCUGUCUGUCUCCGUCUUCGUCAUCCAUCUUUCAGUGUGCAUCGCCAGGUGGCCUUUGCCGGAGCCUAGGAUCCACUAGGAAUAGGUAAAUAAACCUUGCGUGAU